AUGGAUAAAAUUGUUUUUAAAAUUAACGGGAAAGAAUAUAAAGUCGGUGGCGAAUAUCCUAUCGACUUUACACUCAAUGAGUUCAUAAGAACAGUAGCAGAUCUACGUGGUACAAAAGUGAUGUGUCGAGAAGGUGGUUGUGGAGCGUGUAUCGUCGCCGUGAAAGCCUCCACGCCGCCCACUAACGAAAUCAAAACUUUCGCCGUAAAUUCUUGUUUAGUAUCAAUAUUUUCCUGCCAUGGUUGGGAAAUAUUAACAGUUGAAGGUAUUGGAAACAAAAGAAUCGGAUAUCACGAAAUACAAAAACGACUUACAAAAUUUAAUGGCACUCAGUGCGGAUUCUGUACACCUGGUUGGGUCAUGAGUAUGUACAGUUUAUACGAAUCGAAAGGAAAAUUGCUAACCUCAGCAGAAAUAGAAAAUUCAUUUGCAAGUAAUAUAUGUAGAUGUACUGGAUACAGAUCGAUAGCUGAUGCUUUUAAGUCACUUGCUACAGAUGCUAGAAGUGAUAUUAAACAAAACGUUAUUGAUCUCGAAGAUAUUGCUAAUUGUAGAAAAUCUAGUAAAUGUGAAGAAGUUUGUGAAAAUGGAUGGUGUGUAAUUGGGCCUGAUACUAAUGUAAAAAUUGAAAUUGAUUGUGAUGGCCAUAAGUGGUUUAGAGUUCAGACACUCGAUGAUAUAUUUAAAGCUAUGAAGAACGGUGACUAUAGGCUUGUAGCUGGGAACACUGGGCAAGGCGUAUACUCAUAUGAUAACGACGCAACUAACUUGAUAGAUAUAUCAAAUGUUGCCGAGUUAAGGGGUUAUGAUCAGGAAGUUAAUUUAAUAUUAAAAGCAGCAAUGACAUUAAAUGAAAUGAUGGGUGUAUUCCUUAAACUUUCGGGAGAAAACGAAGACUUUUCUUAUUUAAAACAACUUUGGGAACACUUAGAUCUUGUCGCUCAUAUACCAGUACGAAACACUGGAACUCUCGCCGGAAACUUAUACAUGAAGCAUACUCACCCCAGUUUUCCGUCUGAUCUCUUUCUGAUUUUUGAAACAGUGGGUGGAAUGAUAACUAUUGCUGAAGGUGUUGGGAAAAACAGAGUGAUGUCAUUCUCGGACUUCAUGCAAUAUGAUAUGAACAAGAAAAUAAUAAUAAAUGUGCUGCUGCCUCCACUUUCGAGUUGCUGUCUAGUAAAAACCUACAAGAUUAUGGCUCGGAGUCAAAAUGCCCACGCUAUUGUAAACGCUGGUUUUAUGUUUCAAUUGCAUAGGAAUUCACAAGUACUCGAAAAGGCUACAAUUGUGUACGGUGGUAUAUCACAUACAUUUAUCCAUGCAUCUAAAACCGAACAGGCUUUAGUAGCUAAAGAUCUCUUUACUAAUGAAACAUUAGAAUUGGCUUUAAAAUCAUUAUUGGAGGAGGUGAAUCCCGAAAUAAUAGAACCAGAGCCAUCUGUUGGCUAUCGAAAGAUGUUAGCUAUAAGUCUUUUUUACAAAGCUUUAUUAAGCUUAUGCCCCCAGGAUAAGAUAAAUCCUGUAUACAAAUCAGGUGGGGACGUUUUUAAGCGAGAAGUUUCCAAAGGAAGUCAAUAUUAUGAUAGUGAUCAGUCAGUUUGGCCAUUGAAUAAACCGGUGCCGAAGAUCGAAGCGUUAUUGCAGUGUAGUGGGGAAUUGGUCUAUGCAAACGCUUUACGAAAGCAAACAAAUGAAGUGUAUGCUGCAUUUGUUACUGCUGAUGUUACUCCGGGGAGUAUUAUUAACGAUUUUGAUACAACUGAAGCUUUUAAAUUACCAGGUGUUACUGCGUUCUAUACACCAAAGGAUAUUCCUGGUGAAAAUACGUUCACGCCAAAAAACGUGCCCCUAAUUGCAGUUGAUGAAGAAAUUUUGUGUUCUGGAAAAGUCAUGUUUCACGGACAACCAGCUGCUAUAAUAGUAGCAAGCAGAGAAAAAACAGCUUUAAAAGCGGCGAAGCUUGUUAAAAUCAAUUACAAAACAAUAAAUAAAAACAGACCAUUAUUAUCAGUAGAUGAUGUUAUGAAUUCACCAGAGAAGAGCACAAGGGUCAUAAAAAAUCAAACUAUCGAGCCCACAGAUUUAGGAAAUGACGUCAAAAAGGAAAUAAAGGGCGAAUUCAAAAUGGCCGAUCAGUAUCAUUUUUAUAUAGAACCACAGACAUGUAUAGCAAAGCCUACCGAUUAUGGCAUGGAAGUAUAUUCUUCUACGCAAUGGUUAGACCUCACAAAUAUCGCUGUAGCUCAAACCUUAAAAGUUCCUGUUAACAGUAUAAAUGUUAUUGUUCAAAAAGUGGGUGGAGCUUAUGGUGGUAAAAUCACUCGCGCGACACAAGUCGCAUGCGCAGCAGCUCUAGUUGCACAUUUGCAAGGGAACACUUGCAGAAUGAUCCUGCCGUUGCAAAUAAAUAUGAAAUCCAUCGGAAAGAGAUUUCCCACACAAAAUUCAUUCGAGGUUGGAGUUGAUGAUAACGGACUGAUUCAAUACCUUAAAAACACAUUUUAUCAAGACAAAGGACAUUCAAUUAAUGAAAUCCUCUUCCCGUUAACAAUCGCCCAUUCGUUUAGUUGUUAUGAUACAAAACGGUGGGGAAUUGAGGCUAAUACAGUGCUGACUGAUAAACCAUCGAACACUUGGUGCAGAGGACCAGGUUCCACCGAAGGCGUAGCCAUGAUCGAAAACAUAAUGGAGAAAAUUGCUUUCGAAACGGGAAAAGAUCCUACGCAGGUACGAAUUGCAAAUAUGGCCAAAGAAAACAAUCCGCUUAUCGAUAUGAUAGCCCAGUUAAAAACAGAUUCAGACUAUGACAGCCGUUUGCAGAAAACAACCGCAUUUAAUGAACAAAAUCGAUGGAGAAAGAGAGCCAUCAAGAUUCUGCCAAUGCGAUAUAAUGUAACAUAUUUUGGGAAUUACAAUUCGAUUGUUUCCAUCUAUCACGGUGAUGGCAGUGUUGUUAUAAUGCACGGAGGCAUAGAAAUGGGACAAGGCCUAAACACUAAAGUUGCCCAAGUAUGCGCAUAUACAUUAGGUAUUCCUUUAGAGAAAAUCAGUGUUAAAGCUUCAACAAGCUUCACAUCCCCUAACACAAUGACAACUGGAGGUAGUAUUGGUAGUGAGUGCGUGUCAUUUGCGACAAAGAAAGCUUGUGAUAUAUUACUUGAUAGGCUUGCACCAAUAAAGGGAAAGGGUGAUAUGCCAUGGCAGGAUUUGAUAACUGAAGCUUUUAAAAAGGAAAUAGAUUUGCAAGCGUCUUACAUGUACUCUGCUAUGAAUGAUGAUGUUAAGCCGUAUUUAAUAUACGCAGUGUGUGCCUUGGAAGUCGAAGUAGACAUCCUUACAGGAAACCAUAAUAUAAUCAGAGUAGAUUUACUUGAAGACACCGGUCGAAGUCUGAGUCCAUUAAUUGACAUAACUCAGAUAGAAGGAGCAUUUGUAAUGGGUCUAGGAUAUUGGACAUCCGAAAAACUAGUAUAUGACACAAACAACGGAAGACUGUUGACUGAUGGUACGUGGACCUAUAAACCACCAGGCCUCAAAGAUAUACCAGCUGACAUGAGAAUAUAUUUCUCAAAAAACUCCCGGAACGAAUUCGGAGUUUUACAGUCUAAAGCCACUGGUGAGCCGGCCCUGUGCCUAGCAACGAUCAUUAUACAUGCGCUCCGUGAAGCGGUGCGGUCCGCGCGUUUAGACGCCGGAUAUCCAGAUCAAUGGUUUCAAAUUGAAAAUCCUUGCACAGUUGAAAACAUUUUCAUGGCAGUCGGACAUAAAAUCGAACACUUCAAAUUAAAAUAG